AUGAGUUUGAAAUCUUCCAGUGUUGUACUCAGGGACAAGAAACAUGCCAGGGUCACUUUGUCCACCAAUCAUUCGAAAGCAUUUCGUUUCAGGAGGAAGAUCGAUAGACAUAUCACGCCUCUGAUGUGUGGAUCUAAUUCAUGGACAAGACAACCUUGGGUUCUGCAGCCAUACUUGGAAUUCAGUAAGGAUUGCAAAAGUCUGAAUGUCAACUUCUCCAGAUACAAUCGGUUGGGCACGGUGUUCUAUCUCAGCUAUCUUGUCUUUGAGUAUCCCCAGAACCUUGCCCUUCAGAGAUUCCCCGCUGGGAAGUGGAUGAGAACAGACGCUGCGGGUUGGUCAUUGGUGCUCAUGAUCAUGACCAGUGUAAUGAUGUUGAUACUUGCCAUCACAUUCUGUAACAUAUACCCGUCUCAGACGGGCAGCUGGGCGUGA